AUGGACAUCACAUGGCAAAUUGUCAUGGAAAUAUUUAGGGCAAAACAGUUUGCCAAAAAGACAGGGAAGAAUAAUUGGGGAAUGAGCGUUGAUAAGAAGGUUGGAUUCAACAAGGGAAAGCUUCGGUGCUUCAAUUGCAAUGAGCCAAGGCAUUUUGCUCGUGAUUACCCACAUCCUGAUAGAAGGGCUAAUAAUGACAGAACGAUGGUAAGAGAUGAUGCUCCAGCAGGGAUUGUAGCAGCUGAAGACAGUGUGAUGGAGCUACAGUUUGCUUUGAUGAUUCACGUGGGUCUUCUUUCUAUCCAACAAAGUGGCGUUUUUGAAUUGAUCAAGAAGUUCAUAGUAUUAGUUGAGAACCAGACCAACAAUUGGGUGAAGGCGCUUUGUACCGAUAACAGGACAGAGUUUAAGAAUUCUGUUCUCGAUCAUAUCUGUGAGGAAAAGGGUAUUUUGCGUCAAUUUAGUUCGGCUUAUACACCUCAACAAAAUGGUGUUGCUGAAAGACGGAACAUAACGCUAAAAGACGUUGCAAGAACAAUGCUAUGUGAUUCAAAGCUACCAGUUUUCUUCUGGGCUGAGGCAAUAAACACUGCCUGUUAUGUUCAGAAUCAAAGUAUCUCUGAAGAUGAAGACGAAGAAGUUGUGUACAAACCUGUAUCUAAAUCCUCUGCUUCAUCGAAAGGGAAAUCUAAAGCUUCACUUGAGGGAGAAUCCUCUGGUUCGCAUAAGGGAGGAUCUCCUGCUACAUCUGAGGGGGAGCCAUCUGCUACACCUGAGGGGGAGUCUUCUACAACAUCUUCGGGAGAGUCCUCUGCUACUCCUCAAGGGAGGCCGUUCUUGGAACAUGAUAGUCCUCAAUCAGUCCAUACUGAUUCUUCUUAUGCUGAAACGACACCUCACAUAUCUACAGAGAAAGAGUUCAUUCCAAAUGAUGCUUCCGCUGUCUCUUCAACCUUUAUGCAAUUACUCUUUCCUGAUCUUAUUGCAGAUGAGUAUGUCGCAGAACCAUCUGGUGCUGCUCAACCAGCAAAUGAAGGAGCUCCUAGAGCAUGGUAUGCGACCCUAACAAAGCAUUUACUCGAACAUGGUUACUCUCGCGGCACUAUCGAUCAAACCUUGUUCAUAAAUCACGUCGACAAGGACCAGAUACUCGUACAAAUAUACGUCGACGACAUCAUCUUUGGAUCGACCAGUCAACAGCUUUGCAAGGAGUUCGAAGGUGUAAUGAAGAAACGAUUCGACAUGAGUUCUUUGGGAGAAAUGACCAUGUUUUUGGGACUUCAGGUUAAACAAAUUUCAACCGGAAUCCUGUUACAUCAAGCCAAGUAUGUGGAGGAUAUUCUUGAGAAGUUCGCGUUUCAUGAUGCUAAACGUGCGUCAACACCGAUGGCUGAACGACCUCUUUUGACUCCAGAUCCUGAAGGCGAAUCUGUAGAUUAA